AUGGCCGAGCUCAAGCAGUUGCACUCCCAAGUCAUCAGGCUCGGCCUCGCAGCCGACAACGAUGCCAUGGGUCGUGUCAUCAAGUUCUGUGCCCUCUCCAAGAAUGGCGAUUUGGGUUAUGCUCUCCAAGCGUUCGAUACAAUGCUCCACCCGGAUGCAUUCAUUUACAACACCGUAAUGAGAGGCUACUUGCAAUGCCAAUUACCCAGAAAUUGCAUUGUUUUGUACUCGCAGAUGUUGCAAGACUCUGUCACUCCCAAUAAGUACACGUUCCCUUCUGUUAUACGAGCCUGUUGCAAUGAUGAUGCUAUUGGAGAAGCGAAACAAGUCCAUGCCCAUGUUGUGAAACUGGGGUAUGGAGCUGAUGGGUUUUGUCAGAAUAAUUUGAUUCACAUGUAUGUGAAGUUUCAGUCUUUGGAAGAAGCUAGAAGGGUCUUCGACAAGAUGCCCCGGAUGGAUGCUGUGUCUUGGACCACUUUGAUUACUGGGUACUCGCAGUGUGGUUUUGUUGAUGAGGCUUUUGAAAUUUUUGAGUUGAUGCCUGAGAAGAACUCUGUUUCUUGGAAUGCCAUGAUUUCCUCUUAUGUCCAGAGUGAUCGUUUUCAUGAGGCAUUUGCUUUGUUCCAAAGAAUGCGAGUGGAGAAGGUGGAAUUGGAUAAAUUCAUGGCGGCUAGUAUGUUAUCGGCUUGUACAGGUUUAGGUGCUCUGGAACAAGGGAAGUGGAUUCAUGGAUAUAUUGAGAAAAGUGGGAUUGAAUUGGACUCAAAACUUGCAACAACAAUCAUCGACAUGUAUUGCAAAUGUGGUUGCCUGGAGAAGGCCUUUGAAGUUUUUAAUGGUUUGUCCCAUAAAGGUAUUUCUUCAUGGAAUUGCAUGAUUGGAGGGCUAGCAAUGCAUGGGAAGGGAGAGGCUGCCAUUGAGCUUUUUGAGAAGAUGCAAAGGGACAUGGUAGCUCCUGACAACAUUACUUUUGUUAAUGUCCUUAGUGCAUGUGCUCAUUCAGGGUUAGUUGAAGAGGGGCAACGGUACUUCCAGUCCAUGAUUGAAGUCCAUGGUAUUGAGCCCAGAAAAGAGCAUUUUGGCUGCAUGGUUGAUCUUCUUGGAAGAGCCGGGAUGCUGGAGGAAGCAAGAAAGCUAAUAAGUGAGAUGCCAAUGAGCCCCGAUGUAGGCGUAUUGGGUGCCCUCCUCGGAGCUUGUAAGAUCCAUGGAAAUGUUGAACUGGGAGAACACAUAGGAAAGAGAGUAAUUGAACUGGAGCCAGAAAAUAGUGGUCGCUAUGUGUUAUUGGCCAAUCUAUAUGCCAAUGUGGGCAGAUGGGAAGAUGUCGCUAAUGUGAGGAGAUUGAUGAAUGACAGGGGAGUGAAGAAGGUUCCUGGAUUUUCCAUGAUUGAACUGGAAGGUGUUGUUAAUGAAUUUAUUGCGGGGGGAGGGGCUCAUCCUCAGACAAAAGAGAUAUAUGCCAAGGUUGAUGAGAUGCUGAAAUGUAUAAGAUCUGCAGGCUAUGUUCCUGACACAGAGGGAGUGUUGCAUGAUCUUGAUGAGGAGGAAAAGGAGAAUCCUCUAUACUACCACAGUGAGAAACUUGCAAUUGCCUUUGGCCUACUGAAUACUAAACCUGGGGAAACUCUUCGUAUAUCGAAGAAUUUGCGAGUCUGUAAAGACUGCCACCAAGCAAGCAAGCUCAUCUCAAAGGUUUUCGAUCGGGAAAUAAUCGUGAGGGAUCGAAAUCGUUUUCACCAUUUUAAAAGGGGAGAGUGUUCUUGUAAAGAUUACUGGUAA